AUGGCCGUGGACCGACGCAAAAUCGCUGUGUUCGGUGCGGCCUUUGUGUUGCGACUCCUUCUUGUCUGUUUAUUUCCUUCAUUACCUGAUCUGUUGACAGGCCGAGUGGAGGUCUCGACUCCGGUCAAUAGCUUCAAGCGACUGCAAGAGGGUCUAUUUCUCUAUAUUCGAAAUGUCUCGCCUUAUGAUGGCGGUGUUUUCCACCAGGCACCGUUCCUCCUCCCCUUAUUCGCUUUACUCCCGGACGUGCAAACAAGUCCUUUUCCUACAGCAAUUUUCUAUUUCCUCGUCGAUCUAGUAAACGCCCAUGCGUUGAUUACCAUUUCGGAGUCGGGUCAAUCGGUCCAAGCCCGGCUGCACUCUGCGAUGAGGAAGCAUAUCCGAUGGGACGGUGUGUCCAUUGCAGCUUGGUUUUUGUUUAAUCCUUUUACAAUUGCCACCUGCCUGGCCCGAUCGACGAGUGUAUUCACCACAACCGGAAUUCUUUACGCCAUUUCGAACGCCGUCGAUGGAAAUAGCAUAAAUGCAAUCCUUGCCCUUGGAUUUGCGUCCUACCUGUCUCUCUACCCAGCACUGUUGUUCAUCCCAUUGGUGCUACUCUGCUACGACCAGAAAACUCAAUUAUCGAAAGCUCCCAAUGCUGUGGUUUUCUUCCUGCAGCAUGGCGCGAUACUGCUAGGUAGUGUUGUCGGCCUACUCGGAUUUUCAUGGCUCAUUACUGGAAAUUUCUGGGAGUUCAUGUCCGCAACCUAUGGUUUCCAUCUGCUGGUUCCAGACCUGACCCCAAAUGUGGGUCUUUGGUGGUACUUCUUCAUUGAGAUGUUCGACUCCUUCCGGGAGUUCUUCAUCGGGGUCUUCUGGCUUCACCUGGCUGCCUAUGUUGGCGGCUUCACUGCACGACUCCGAAGACAGCCCUUAUUCAUUAUCACAUCGCUCCUAGGCGUCUUCGCGAUCUUCAAGCCGUAUCCUACCAUUUCCGACGCAUCCCUCUACUUCGCACUGCUACCUUUGUACCGGCAUCUCUUCCCCCUGAUGCGAUAUACCUUUUUCGCGAUCUCCGCACUCCUCUAUUCUACUCUUCUAGGACCCGCUUUUUACCACUUGUGGAUCUAUGCGGGAUCUGGCAACGCCAACUUUUUCUAUGCAAUUACUCUGGUCUGGAGUCUUGGACUGUCAAUCCUAUUAGCUGACAGUAUAUUUGCAGCUCUCCGGGAUGAGUGGGAGCAGGCCAACCCAGAGUCACAAGGAAAAGAGGUAAAGCAAAUAUAG